AUGACAAAAAACUACGUGAUUACAGGUGCUAAUAGAGGUAUUGGUCUUGCUUUGGUCAAAGAAUUGGCUAAAGAUUCAAACAAUAGAGUCUUUGCUACUGCUCGUGAUCCUUCAAAUGCUAAAGAUUUAUCUGAUUUUGCUAAAGAACAUUCUAAUGUCGAAGUUAUUCAAUUGAAAGAUACAACUUCUGUUGAAGCUACUGAUGAAGCUGUUGCUGCUGUUGAAGCUAAAUUAGGUAAAGAUGAAGGUAUUGAUGUUUUAAUUCCAAAUGCUGGUGUCUCUUACUCGUUUGAAACUACAUUAAAUACAUCACCAGAAGUUUAUAAGGAUACUUAUAACAUUAAUGUUAUUGGUAAUUUGAUUACAUUCCAAAAAUUUUAUAAAUUAUUACUUAAAUCAAAUAAUAGAGAAGUUUUUUUUACUUCAAGUGUUGGUGGAUCUAUCACAGGUUUCAUUCCACAUCCAAUUUCUCCUUAUGCUUCAACUAAAUCAGUUAUUAACUAUUUGGUUAGAGCUUUCAAUGUUGAUUUGAAAAAUGAAGGUUUUAAAGUUGUUGCAUUCCAUCCAGGUUUAGUUGGUACAGAUUUAGGUAAUGUUGCAAUUGAAAAAGCUGUUAAUGGUGAUUUUGAAUUAGCAAAAAAAUUAUAUGGAUUAAUUACACCAGAAGAAAGUGCUCAUGGAAUUGUGGAAAAUAUCAUUAAAGGUUUAAGUCAAGGUAAAAUUGAUGUUGAUCAUUUAUGGUCUUAUGAUGGAACUCAAUUACAAUGGUAG